AUGAUUCUUCAUAGAGCCUUGACGUUGUCCUGGGCCAUGGCCGCAGCAUUGACGGAAUCCGUUGGCGCAGCUCCCAUUGAUUCUCGACAAUUCUACUCUCGCAUGACGAUUGGAUAUCGGACUGUUAGCGCGGAACAAGCAAGACAAUACAAUCGGGACGGCAGAAUCAGCUUUGAUCCAGCUAGAGCACUUGGCAAUCAAAUAGGAGUCGGUGUAUACACUACACCAGGCCCAGGCCAGUGGCCCGGUAAUCCUGGAGACUGGUAUUGCCAAAUCACCGCUCGCAAGUCAAAGAUGAAGUCGAUCGAUAAGAUAUGGAUCCCGAGGGAUUAUUGGUGGAACAUCGGCGGAAUGUAUGACUAUGUCGAGUCGAACUUUCCAAGUAUUGAUCUCGACUAUUCAAUGCGCCUUUCUUUGAUUGCCGACUAUGAGCAUCUGACUCAGCUUCUGAUCCCGACUUACUUGCUCUCUGGGCAAGGCCUGGACAUACAGGUUACUUUUGCAUUCGAGACCAAGACUUUCAAUUGCUCCUUGUGCAGUGGUCGCUUUGCAAUUCUGGAGCAGUCGAAUCAACACCUCAAAUCGCCCAAACACCAGCAGAACGUCUACUGCUGCCCGGGACUCGGCUGCCCCAAGGAAUUAAGCACACUGGCAGCCGUCACUGAGCUUCUGCAGAGUGAGGGCUGCAAUAUUAUGACCUUCGAGGCUGUUCAGGAGACUGCGGCACGCAUGUUCCACCCCAGACGCACUAUGGCGCUUUAG